AUGACCGAGGUCACUACCGAUGGAAGCGAUAUCAACUCGAAGAUCUUUGGAUCGAUCGCUAACGUAUUCCAAGCCGCACAGUUGUCGUAUGCAGGCCAUCGUAAACAUGUUGCUGUGUUGAAGAAGAUACAGACAAAAGCCAUAGCGCAGGGUUACGAAGAUGCAUUUAAUUACUGGUUCAACAGACUGAUCCUUGCGAUACUGCCUUUAAAGAAAACGGAAGUGGUAGGUGACAGAAUCAUCAAGCUUGUGGCCUCUUUCAUUGCCUCUCUAGAUAAGGAGAUUGAAUUAGCUAAGGCUCAGGGAAAACCACUGCCAAAUAACGCCGAAUCCGCUUUCACCAAAUUUGUGGAUCAUUUUAUAAGGAAUAUUCUGCGAGGAAUUGAGAGUAAAGACAAGAAUGUGAGAUUCAGGGUUGUGCAACUGUUGGCUGUCAUUAUGGAUAAUAUAGGUGAAAUCGACGAGUCACUCUAUGAGCUGUUGACUUGGUCGCUUAAUAAAAGAAUAUAUGACAAAGACCCCAAUGUUAGAAUACAAGCUGUUUUUUGUUUGACAAAAUUCCAGGCUGAAGAUGUGGGUAGAGAGAAUGAACCUUCCAAUGAUUUAAUUGCUAUCGAAAUUAACGAAUCUACAAAAACAUUAAUGUCACUUAUACAGAACGACCCUUCAGCGGAAGUACGACGUGCAGCAAUGCUAAACCUAAUAUCUUUACCGGCUACCUUACCAUACAUCUUAGAACGAGCAAGAGAUGUCAACCAGAUCAAUAGGAGACUUGUUUAUUCAAGGAUUCUGAAAGCUGCUGGAAAGGAAUGCUUUACAAAAAUUGACACUAAGAUUCUAGAUCAGUUGAUAAAAUGGGGACUGGAAGAUAGAGAAGAAUCUGUUAGGGCAGCGUGCAAAAAGCUUAUACACCAUGAUUGGUUGGGUUUAGUAGACGGAGAUCUGAUUCGACUGUUAGAACACUUGAAUGUGAAAGAUUCUACAACUUGUGAUAAAGUAUUAGUUUGCAUAUUUGAGAAACAUCCGGAGAUAAUACAAAAAAUUAAAUUUUCACAUGACAUAUGGUCAAACUUCACAAUCGAGGUUGCUUUUCUUUUUAGAUGCUUUUAUUUAUAUUGCAUUCAGUAUAACAUAAAUGAGGUACUAUAUGACAACUUUCCAGAGGCGUCUAGACUUGCUGAGUAUCUUCAAUCGUAUAUCAACAAGGCUUUCAAAGAUAAUCAAUCACAAAGUAUAACUGAUAAUGAUAAAAAGCACUUGGAAUUCAUUAUUGAACAAAUAUUAAUGGCUGCAGACAAGUAUGACUAUAGUGAUGAAAUAGGAAGAAGAUCAAUGCUUACCGUAGUGAGAAAUUUUCUAGGAAUAAAGAGUCUAUCUGUCACAUCUAUCAAGAUCGGGAUUGAUGUUUUGAAAACAUUAUCGAUCAAUGAAAAAGAUUUCAUCACUAUGGUAAUUGAAAUGAUUAAUGAUAUACGUGAUGAAGAUAUUGAUAUGCAGGAAAAGGAAGAAAAGGCUGCUAAGCGAAAGUCGAAAAAGAGCAAGAAACUACAAAAGAAAAAAGACAAACAAUCAAGUACAGAGGUUCUGGUUAAUAAGAAGAACGAUGACCUAGGUGAUGCUCAAUCAGCCAAGAAAGACACCACGCUAGAAACUUCUACAUUCGACUACGCUGAUGAUGAUGAAUCAAGUAAUGAAGAAGAAAGUGAUAAUGAAGAUGAGAAUGAAAAUGAUGGGGAUGACGAUGAUUUAGACUCCUUUCACUCGGCUGUAGAAGGCCUUGUCAACGGUGACUCUAAUACGAUGAACGAAGCAGACAUAAUGCGAAAGAUGCUGUAUGAAAAGGAAGCUAGACCAGAUACUUUAAUAUUAUGUUUAACUCGUUCUGGUUAUAUGCUUGAACUAGUCAGUUCAUCAAUUCAAGAAAAUAUUCUAAUUGCUUCUCUGAUCGACACAUUAAUUACUCCAGCUGUAAGAAAUAGUGAACCAACUGUUCGAGAAUUAGGAAUAAAGAAUUUGGGGCUGUGCUGUCUACUGGAUGCCCAAUUAGCUACAGAAAAUAUUUAUAUAUUGGGGAUGUGUGUUUCCAAAGGUAACGAAUCUCUAAAAAUGAUAGCACUACAAGUCCUUUUCGAUAUAUUUGCCCUACACGGGAAUGUUGUCGUUGAUGGAGAAGGCAAAGUCGAUUCAAUUUCACUUCACAAAAUUUUCUAUAAGGUUUUAAAGAACACCGAACUUCCGAGUUGCCAGAAAAUUGCAGCUGAAGGACUUUGUAAACUUUUCUUAGCAGAUAUUUUUACCGACGAUGACUUAUUUGAAACAUUGGUUCUGUCUUAUUACACUCCAGCUAACUCAGCAAAUGAAGAGCUAAUUCAGGCCUUUGCAUUUUGUUUACCGGUGUAUUGUUACUCUCACAUCAAUCAUCAAAAUAGAAUGGCCAGAAUUGGUGCAGAUAUAUUGCUUAGGUUAUGUGUAUUAUGGGAUGAAUUUAGGUAUUCAGAUGAAUAUAAUGAUGAGAAAAUGACAAUGCUAAAACCUAAUAUCAUAUUUCAACAGCUAAUUGAUUGGACUGACCCAAGGAAGAUCAUAAACCGUGAUGAAAAAGAUGCAAACGCCGAUUCUUCUCAAAUUCGUUUCUUACUUGACGUAUUAAAGAUUGUUCCUCAGAUCGAAAAAUCUGAAAUAAAGAGAUUGCUAUUAAAUAAUAUAAACUUAGUCCACCUACACCAUACACAAGAAUACUCCACAUUGAAACAACUAGAAGAUAAUAUAAUUGAUAUUUUAGAAAAUGAUGCUAUUGAUCAGAACCAAAGGAACUCGCUAACUAGGUUCAAGCUGUCCUUACAAGACGUAAUCGAAAAAACUGAAAGUAAACUAGAUGAACAUUCUGAUGCUGACACAUCAACCGAACAGUACUCAAUGAUAUUGGAAAGCUCACAAGUUUACAGUAAACCCCCAACUCGUAAUGACGAAGAGAAUUGCUCUGACGAAGACAAUGCAGCAGCGUUACCAUCUGAGCUAAACACAAAGAAACGGAAAAGAUCGGAAAGCGUUGAAAAUAGAGAUGACACAACCAACAGAACUAACCGAACUGAUACCUCUAGAGAAGGACUAACAGGUGAAAACAGUGAUAUAAUGAUGUCCGAUUAA